AUUAAAACCUGCCCUUGCUGCAAGGUCAAAUAGAUCCACUUACCUUACCAAUAGCUGAUAGUAUUCAUUUUAAAGCAAGCAUAGGUAUAUCAGGCGACUUUUUGAAUUGUGUUCAGUUCAAAGGCAUAAUCAUCUAGAUGUAUUUUAGCCUUCGUCCUUUUUGAUUGACAUAUAUUUAAAAAAGUGCUUUGAAGAUAUUAGUUACUGUUAAACCAGCUGCUAGAAUCAUAUUGUGUGACAUCUAUUGUGUUUAUAAAUUAUAAUUUGACAAAGUGAUUUUUUUUUUUUCUCAAGAAUAUAUUUUGCAAGGGGGGUGGUUAUUGUCUGUCUGAACAGCUACAUUUCGGCAGAGUGCUACAAACUAGCAAUGCCAAUUACUCAGCAUUUAAAAUCUCGGCGUGUACCUUUUCUGUUUGUUGAAACCUUAGCAGAUCUCAUUCUGUUUCAUUAACGUGAAUGAAGAGACAAAGUGCAUGCAAAUGAAGGAACUGAAAAGACAACAAGAGAUAAAGAAAGGACAGAUAAACUUUAAAAUGUCGAUUUUUUUAAAUGAAGUCUUACUCUAAUUAAUUAGGCUUAGUGUUUCCCCUUUUUAAAUAAAGUUCACCUUAAAAUAUGUAAACAUAUUUAAAUAAACAAAAAACUUACAUAUAAAUUGCUGUUAUAUUUGGCCAUUUUGGUGUGCACUUCAAAUAAUUAGCAUUUUAAAAUCAUAUUUGCAUACUUAUUACUUUAUUUCACUUUAACAAGAUAGAUUCACGACAAAAUUCUAAAAGAAGCAGUUUAUUCAUCUAGAUUUGACUUCAAAUUGCUAUCAAGAUAAGGGUGUGCCUUGACCUAGUUAUAUACAAAGAUGGAUUCCAAAAAUCAUAGGGAGAAAAUCCAAACUUUAUCUUCCUUCUUCACAAAUCCUUAAAAUGUUGGCAAACAUUAUACCACACUGAUAUAGUCCAUAAAGAGAUGCCGAAAUCAAGUGAAAAAAUAUCCCUUUUGGAACAAAGGAAACCCAUAAUGGCCAUUUGAUUCCAUUGCAGAAUAAUGGCUGCCUGUGCGCUUGGCCUCUCCUGCUGUCUGGUAGAGGAUGUUUCAGGGCUGCUUCUGUUAACACCAGUCAAAAUGGUAGCUUCAAUCUGAUUGGCCGGGGGAACCAACUGCCUUAACCAGCCAAUUGAUCCAGCACAGCAAAAUCCCAGCCAUUGAUCACAAUGGAUCACACGUUUACAAAAGAAAACAAAUACAUAAAAUCAAAUGUUUUACUGAGAUACGCCACUGAACGCAAAAUGGAAGCUGCAUUCUGAUUGGCUGUUACAGACUGUCUUUUUAAUACUAAACGAAAGCCACUGUUUUACACGCACGUUUAACGUUUUAAAAUGUGAAUUGUAACCCAGCAAAAACUCUCUGUGGGUAUAUUGGAAUGAAAAAAUGAGCCGAAAUGCAAGCCAUGUUAGAGGGGAAUGCAAUUAGACCUCUGCUACUGUCUCCAAAACUUGAGGGUUCUGUCCAUCUUGUUUUGAGGCACCGCUUGUAGGGUAAAUGUACCCGGCAGAUUCCAAGCUUUGUAGUCCAAUUUGUUUUUUUUUUCUUAAAUGGAUAGACAUGAGACUUUUUUUUCGAGCGCAUUUUAAAAUUCCUUUGUCGAUUUUUUUUUUUUUUUUUUUGUUCUUCUGGAUCUGUUACUGGCGGCGCAGUUGCGUUUGCGUUUUUGGAGAGGUUUGCGUGUGGCGAAUGUGCAUUCCGAACGAAGGGUUAGCUUGCAGAAAGGCUGAUAGCGGUGUAUUGUGGGAGUCGUAUAUUGGCGAACAGGGGCACACAAUAUGUGUUGGCUCGCAAAAAAAGGAGGCAGGAUUCUUUAAAACCAUGUAAUGCAGUCGGGGGGGAAUGUAAACGAUCUCGCCGUUCUGGUAGCAAAAAAAAAAAGACGAUUAGAAUAACCAAAGCAAUGUCUGGACCUGGCGAAAGAUCCAGGUUAAAUGAAGAGCACAGAAAACAGCCGAGUUCAAGUUUGGCGAACGGAAUGGAGCACAGCCACCCGGUCGGCGGCUCUGGAGAGAAGCGAAGUCACCACUGGAGAAGUUACAAGUUGAUAAUUGACCCCGCGUUGAAAAAGGGACCGCAUAAGCUCUACCGCUACGAUGGAGUACAGUUUAGCAUUCCCAAUCCAGGAAUGCCACCAGUUGAUUCUGUGAGGGAUCCCCGCAUUGGUCGGAUUUGGACCAAAUACAAGGAAACGGACCUGCCAGUCCCUAAAUUUAAGAUCGAUGACUGUUACGUUGGACCAGUCCCGCCCAAGGAGGUUACUUUUGCGAAGUUAAACGAUAACAUUAGAGAAGGUUUUCUGUCGGACAUGUGCAAGAGAUUCGGAGAAAUCGAGCAAGUGGAAAUUUUGUACAAUCCAAGAAAUAAGAAGCACCUGGGCAUCGCGAAAGUGCUCUUUGUCUCGGUUAAAGGAGCGAAAGAUGCCGUGCAGAACCUGCACAAGACUUCAGUCAUGGGCAACAUCAUCCACGUGGAGCUGGAUACCAAAGGUGAAAAUCGCAUGCGGUACUUCGAGCUCCUGGUCAGUGGACUCUACACCCCUCGCACGCUCCCUGUGGGGAACGAGCCUGUCCAAGAGGACUCUCCCCCAGGCGUCAGUGACCCCCCGCAGGCCAGCGACCCCGUGAAGCCUGCCCUGCAGCGGCCCACGGAGAGCGGCACGGCAUCGGUGGGGAGCGCAGCCACCCCCACCAGCAGCAGCACUCCCUUCUCCGUGGACACUGCCUACUCCAGCCGGCAGGACACGCCAAACUCAUACAGCCAGUUCACGCCGCAGUCCCAGGGGACGCCUCACACCCCCCGCCUCAGCGGGACGCCCUUCUCACAGGACUCCGGCUACUCCAGCAGGCAGACCCCUUCGUACCACUACGGGUCCGACAAGCCCAGGAGGCACGAAACCAAAUUCCAGGAUGCCUACAACCGCCGGCCUGAGCGCCACUACGUCCACAACACGACAGGAGCCUACCGGAGUUCAGAGCAGAAUGCUUCUUCAUCUUCUUCAUCAUCAUCUUCGUUCACCAGCAACUUUAAGCCCCAUCCGCUACCAGCAGAGCCCACUGCAGCUUACUCCCACCCCCCGGCCACUAGUCACACGAGUAACUACAAGUCAGCCUUUUCUCCUUAUCAGGCACCCCCGCUUCCUCCUGUGUACCCCCACGCUGUGGAUCAGCUAUUCCCACAGACUUCCAGUAGCAUAGGAGAGUACAGGAGGCCUGCCCCCCCUCCUGCAGAGCCCUUUGCUCUUGGCAGCAGCAGCAGGGUUGACUUUGUACCGGUCAAGGAGAAGCCGAAUACUCCUCCCCUUCCCGACACCCCGUUGGUGGGCGAGCAGCCCAGCUCGACCUCUGUAAAUCGGACCCCCGAGAGGAGCGAGACCCCCGGCACCCCGACUCUGGAGUCGCAGAUACAGCACAACAGCCUGGACUCACGCAUCGAGAUGCUCCUGAAAGAGCAGAGGACCAAGCUGCCCUUCCUCAGCGAGCGCGAUUCGGACAACGAGGUCCGCAUGGAGGGCAGCCCCGUCUCCUCCUCUUCCUCUCAACUUUCCCCCAUCCCUCCUUACAGCAACUCCCAGCCCAGCUACCAGGGCACCUCCCCCGUCUCGCGUCACUCCAGUGCGGGCCUGGAAGACAUCAGUCCCACCCCCCUGCCCGAUUCAGAUGAGGACGAGCCCAUCCCCGGCACAGCCGCCCUCCUUCACAACUCCAGAGCCGUGUCGGAGGCCAGCGCCACCCCCGUCGACCAGCUGGGCACCUCUGAGCUGAAGGAGCCUGCAUCUGGAGACCAGACCCCCACCUCUGAGAAGAUGGAGGAGGAUCACCACUCUUCAGGAGAAGACAUGGAGAUAUCGGAAGACGAGAUGCCCGGCACGCCCAACUCGAGUAGAGACAAAUCCAUCGUGGUCAACUCUUCAGUUUCCAUCGCCAUUCCUCACCCAGGAUUCCCCCCGCUCCCCCCUCAGGGGGGAUUCCCGCUGCCUCCUCCCCCUCUGCCUCCCCCUCCGACCCACCCGGCCGUCACUGUGCCCCCGCCUCCCCUGCCUGCUCCUCCGGGGGCACCCCUCCACCCCAUGCUUCACCCCCUGCACCCCUUCGCUCCCAGCAUGGUGCCCAUGAUGCAGAUGGACUUGGCGAAUUGCUUGGGGCACCCAUGGGGCGGCAUGUCUAUGUCCUUCCAGAUGCAGACCCAGAUGCUGAGUCGCAUGAUGCAGGGCCAGCGGGCGUACCCUUACCCUCCCUUCAUGGGCGGGGGGGGCAUGCAGUUCACCAACCUCCCCCCCUACCGGCCCUUCUCCAUGGGAGCAGCUGCAGCAGCGGGGGCGACCAACAUGGCCCACGGUCAACCCUGGCCCCCCCUGCCUAAAUUCAACCCCUCGGUGCCCCCACCCGGGUACGAACCCAAGAAGGAGGACCCCCACAAGGCUACGGUGGACGGAGUGUUGCUGGUCAUUGUCAAGGAGCUAAAGGCCAUCAUGAAGAGGGACCUGAACCGGAAGAUGGUGGAAGUGGUGGCGUUCAGAGCCUUUGACGAGUGGUGGGAGAAGAAAGAGCGCUCAGCCAAGGCCUCUCUGACCCCAGUGAAGUCGGGCGAAGUGAAGGAAGAGGACAAGGAGAAGAUGAAGCCCAGAGAGCCCGUCACAUCCAGCCUGCUGGAGAACUGGAACAAGGUGGAGGGGCUCGGGUACGAGGGCAUCGGUCUGGGCAUCGGCUUACGCGGGGCCAUCCGCCUGCCCUCCUUCAAGGUGAAGAGAAAAGAGCCUCCGGACCCCGCCUCCACCGGAGAUCCCAAACGAGUCCGCCCCUCCACUCCGGGAGACGACGAGCUGGAAGAUGAAGAGUCAGAGCGGGACAGGGAUGCGGCUGACCUGGCCUCGGACGUGUCCAAAAAGGACAUGGACGUGGUGGCAGUCAGGCGGCGGCACGCGAGACCGCUGGAGCUGGACAGCGAAGGGGAGGAGGAAGAGGAGACUUCCGGGAAAGAGGAGGAAUCAUCUUCGGAAAAGGAAGAGCAAGAUGACAACGAGGCUUCCGAGAAGUUGUCAUCGGACAAGGAGGAGGAGGAGAGUGAUGAAGAUGACGAUGACGACGAAGACGAGGAGGAUGAAGAUGAUGACGUUGAAGUCAGAGAAAUAGAACCUGAUUCUGCGGAUGAAGAAGUGGAAAGCAUCUUCUCCUCUAAAGCUGAACUCGAGUCAUCAUCGGAAAGUGAAGAUUCCUCUGAAUAUGCAAGUAGCUCAGAGGAAGAUGAGGAGGAGGAAGAUGAGGAGGAGGAGGAGGACGAUGAAGAAGAGGAAGAGGAGGAGGAGAAAGCGCUCCUCCUUUUAGAGUCCGAGGAAGAAGUGGAGCUGGAGGAGCAGGCUGACCUCAAGUCGGCCACCCCCACCGCUGCAGAGCCCCCCGCAGAGGAGGAUAUCGAUGUGGAGGACCUGGGUGGAGAGGCCAGGUCAGAGGAGCCGGCAGCGCGCUCCGUCAGGGAUGAAUCAAAGGGAGAGACCCGGGGAAAAGACAGAGUGGAGGAGGGCGAAUUAAAGACACGGCAACGGGAAGCAGAAUCCAUAGCGGAUGAAACAGCAGCCAGUGAACCGGAGCCCGAUCAGAGGCCUCCGUCCCCCAAAGGACUUCUGGAGGAGUCUGACCCUGACAUCGAGAUGGAGCCUGCAGUUUUGGAGGCUUCGAGGGCCGAGCCCCCUGAGGACCUUGGGAAUCUGAGGCCCCCGACUCCCACGGGGUCCCUAGGCGACAGCGACCUGGACGUGCGGCUCAAGAGCAAGUUCUCCUCCCCCUCCGUGGAGGAGGAGGAUGGGCUCCCCAGGACCCCCGGCCGGGAGAUCUGCACGCAUUCCGACCCUGAGGUCCCUGUACCCAAGACUCUGCCUUCCUCCUUCGCUCCUGCCCUCCCUCCCACCCCGGGCAAAGAGAUCCCUUCCCUUCCUCCCGAGCUUGCGGCCAUCGGCAAGCUGCCGGUCGAGGAGGACCUUCCGAGGACACCGGGCCGGGGGUUUAUGGGCAAAGCCCCCAUGGGUCUGGGAAAAUCCCAGAGCACGGAGAUGAUCCCGGCCACACCAGGCAGUGACGCGCCUCUGACUGGGAACAGCCUGACUCUGAGCUCUCCCCACAUCCCCUGCAGCCCCUUCUCUUACACCUCGCAGUCCCCGGGCGUCAGCAGUGGGAUCCCCCGAACUCCAGGGAGGGAUUUCACCUUCACCCCAACUUUCCCUGACCCCGCCACUGUGGCGGCCGCUGCAGCCUCUGGCCUCCCCAUUCACAGGAAAGCUUCCUUCGACAGCUUGGAGGAGAGAACAUUGUUCAAGGAGCCAUCCAGUGUGUCUCCCCUGAUCAACCUCAACUGCACGAUCCCCCUGGUGCCGAUCACUGCCCCCUUUCCAUCCGGCUUCCCCAAGGACUUUGAGCUGCCCCCAUCUGGCCCUCCUGCUUCGGAGCUUAAGCCCACCUCAGCCAGCGUGCCAAACGAGGCAACCCCUCCUGUAGCCACCCUUCCCAAGAGGAAACCAGGGCGGCCAAAAACGAAAAAGGUUUCUUCCCCACCUUUUCUGUCUCUGGAUACCACAAAGACAGAAUACGCUGGAGGUGAGAUGAAGGUUAGGGACUUCUUUGUCGGGGAUCCCUCGACAAUCACCCUGGACUUCAGGGAAGAGCUGGGGAAGGCAGAUGUUCUGGACAAGGUCCCGUUCCAGGAGCUGGAGAACAGGCUGGCGGAGGAGGAGCUGGAGGAGGAGGAGGAGCUGGUGCAGAAGCCUUGCAGGCAGCUGACUCGGCGACACCGGAGGAAACAGGAGGAGCUGCUGCUGCUGGCUCUGCGCAGCCCGGACUUCUCUCCCCCCAGGCCCUCGUUCCGGCUGCGCUCCGACUUCGAGGAGAUGACCAUCCUGUACGACAUCUGGAACGACGGCAUCGAUGAGGAGGACGUGCGGCACCUGCACAUCACCUACGACAAGAUGCUGCAGCAGGACAAUGGCAUGGACUGGCUGAACGACACCCUCUGGGUGCACCAUCCUCCUACCAGAAUUCCCAGUGUGAAGAAGAAGAAGCGGGAUGACGGGAUGCGGGAUCACAUGACGGGGUGCGCCCGCAGCGAGGGCUACUACAAAAUUGACAAGAAGGAUAAAAUCAAAUACCUCAUCAGCAGCCGUCCCGUCACAGAGGAGACUCCUGAGGAUACGCAAGGGAUGAGUAUUCCAGCGCAGCCUCAUGCCUCGACCCGGUCCGGCUCGGAGAGACGAUCAGAGCAGCGGCGCCUCCUGUCCUCCUUCACGGGCAGCUGUGACAGUGACCUGCUCAAGUUCAACCAGCUCAAGUUCCGUAAGAAGAAGAUCAGAUUCUGCAAAAGCCACAUCCACGACUGGGGUCUGUUUGCCAUGGAGCCCAUAGCCGCAGAUGAGAUGGUGAUUGAGUAUGUGGGCCAGAACAUCAGACAGGUGAUUGCAGACAUGCGAGAGAAGCGCUACGAGGAUGAGGGCAUCGGGAGCAGCUACAUGUUCAGAGUGGAUCACGACACCAUCAUCGAUGCUACCAAGUGUGGCAACUUCGCCAGGUUCAUCAACCACAGCUGCAACCCCAACUGCUACGCCAAGGUCAUCACAGUGGAGUCCCAGAAGAAGAUUGUCAUUUACUCCCGGCAGCAGAUCAGCGUGAACGAGGAGAUCACGUACGAUUACAAGUUCCCCAUCGAAGACGUGAAGAUCCCGUGUCUGUGCGGAGCGGAGAACUGCAGGGGGACCCUGAACUAGAGAGAGGGUGCUGCAUCCUCGCCUCUCCCCUCUUCCCUCUCGAAGCGCUUUCACACCAUGCAGGCGAGGUUGCACUAUGCCAAAAAGAAGCAAGAAUCCACAAUAAUAAAAACGCGAUUAUACCCCCAACGUAUGGCACUUCUCCUGGGGCUUGUCGACAAGCGGGUGCACACGAAGGGGAGUCCAGACUCUCUAGCGUUGUUGUUUACGAUUUCAGGUGCUCUUGUGCCACUUUCCACCCCGGGCUAUCAGCAGAACAACACUAGUUUCCCUCCCCACCUUCUCCCAGUCCCCAGGAAGCCUUCAAUCUCAGUCAUGCAGGGACACUGUGCCUGCGCUGUAUCUUCCACCUACGAGUGCUGCUACCUUUUCCUUUCAGAGUGUUUUUUGUACAAUGAGAAUAAUGUGAAACUGUAGUGGUAAGGUUGACUGAAUUAUAUAUUUUUAGGUUUUCAUUUUGAAGUUGCACAGAAUCUGAAGACGUCACUGUGGGUAGACCUGACUGGUAUUUCUGUUGUCUGUAGCAUUGAUGAAGGGCUGGAGGUGGAAGAACCCAAGUCCUUCAUCUUCCUGUAGGGGGAAGGAUGAUUCAUACACAGCUUGGUUUUCCAGAUUGCAUUUUUAAAUAGGCCUUUUUCAUUCGUUUGGCACUUCUUAGCGGGCUUAUAAUUUAUAAAUCCAGUCCUUUGGAGCUGUGCAAUGCGUGUGUGUCCAAUAUAAAACAUAAGCAUGCCUCUUAAAUGAUAAUUAUGUUCUUUAUCGUUAGAAAAAACACUUUGUACACAGAAGCAUUAUUUAUUUAUUUCAUCCCACUUCUUUUUAAAAUCACAGGUGGCCCACAGUUCAGAGAAGGUUGUUAAAAGUUAAAAGCCUUUACUUCCCUCUACAGGUGGCUCUGUGUUAUUGCAGCAGAGUUCCUUCAAUAAGUGUUAUUAUGCAUGAUCCUCAUGUGCAGUAAACUCGUGCUCAUUGAAAAGACCUACAGUGGUUGAACGGACAAAGGUUUAAUACACGCACAAGCAAGAAGCUUCGGUCAGGCUGAGAACUUGCACUUUUAACACAUUCAAAUGUAUAGAAUCUUACCUGACUCUUAACUUCCGUGGCCCUUUGACAAUUUCUCUUAACGUCUGGUAUUACAAAUAUGAAACUUUCAGCACCAAAAACAGCCUUUCAAUCCUGAACAGAUCUCUAGCUCGGCUUCCUGUGGCUAAAAUGGAUUGAAUUGUUUUUUUUUUUCCUGUUUGCCCAGUAGAGCAGUAAGCACAGAUCACAGUGAAUGCAGCUGUUUGUGUAAAGCGACAGGUGUGUGUAAACAUAGCUAUUGUUUUUAUGUGCAAUAUUCACUAUUCUAGGUCAAUAAUCACUACAGAUAAACUCGGCAGUCACUAAACUAUCCUCUCUGAAUUUACUGGAAUGUAUUAUUCAGGGUAACCAGGGGUCCUACUUGAUCUGCAGGGUGGGUUAGGAAACUAAAGAAAAAGCGCUCCUGCAUUAAAGAAAAUCCUGCUGCAGUCUUUGCUCCUUUAUUAAUGACACGAUUAUUCCUGCCUUCGUUUUCUAUUUCUCCUGCAAAAUUAUCCAUUCUUACUUUUGUUUGUAUAAUGCAUGAGUGAGUCCUGCCCACAAUGCCCUGGUGAGCUAGUAAGGGUAUGAAUGCAUGCCUUAUACAUGUGAUCAACAUGAUUUAUUACAAAGGAACAUGAAAUGAAUACGGGCAAUUCAAUCCACAUGAAUUAACAGGGCUGAGUUUAAAAUGAAUGGCUUCGGAAGAUAUCCAGGUGUUAUUCCUGUGCUGUUUAGCUGGAAUUCAUUCAUUAAUUCAUUAUAUAGCGCAGAACAAUAUCAGACCUGCAAUAUUCUUUGUUACAGGCACAGAAAUACCUCCCAGCCAUGACCAGGCAAUGCUUCAGAUCCACAGCGGUAGCAUUCUUUGUAUAGUCCAGUGCUUUUUGUUUGUUUUCAAUUAUAGCAGCAUUUCUUUUUCCUUUUUUUUUAUACAUGAGUUGUAACAUGAAUCUAUUUGUACAUAAGCUAGCUGUAGUUUAUUCUUUUAUUCUGUUUUGCGAAUGCACAAUGGGUUAGCAUGUAACUUGGCUGCACUGUUUGCCAGUAGCUUGCAUGUCUCCUAGUACUCAAUCAGAACCUCAAAACCGGUCAUUCAUCACGCCUUGACCUUCCGAAGACCCUCCUGUGUCUUCGACCGAUCCACGCAUCUUGGGGGGGGGGGGGGUAAGAAGGCUUUUAAAAAUGUUUAUACUGUACAGGGUGGGCUUUUAUUUUCUUAUCUACCAGAAGAAACUUUUUGUUCAUUUUUUUUUUUUUUUUUUUUUUUUUUUUUUUAAAUGAAACAUUUGAUAUUUUUUCAGGGAGCAUUUCCAACACAUACAUAUAGAAUAAAAAAGGUGCAUCUUGUAUAUAGACACAUCCAGAUCUUGUCAAAAAAUUGUUUCUUGUAGAAACAUGCAUCUGCUUUUUUCUCUUCCCCCCCCCCCCCCCCCCCCCCUUCGUUUCUUUGUACUUCCGAAGAUUGUAAAUAAUUUAUUAAUGUGAAUAUUGUCAUUUCUUUUUUUCAUGUUUGCUACAAAAUACAGCUUGACUCUCAAAACAGAGGCGUAUUUAAGAGGAGCUGAUUGCAUUGUUUUCAGCUUGUGUCAAGCUUACUGUAAAUUAUGUACCAAAACAAGAAAACUAAAUAAAUAAAAAAAUUGACCUUUUGCAAUUUGGAGAGGAGCAUUAAGAGUUCUUGGACAAUGACACUAAGAGUGCUGGGGGGGGGGAUCAUGGCAUAUUCUUGUGGAGAAUAAUCAGUAGGAAUCUUAAAAAUUUAUUUUAAGCAAAGCUAAAACUGGAUUUUUGUUUUUCCUAAAAAGAAAAAUUUCUCCUUAAUUGCCACUAACUAUGGGGUUAUUUCUUUAAAAGGUUCUAGGUGUCGGAAUUGCAAUAAAAUAUUUUACUGUUGCCCCCCCCCCCCUUUCUUUGGGACCCUGCUUUUUGAGAUGUAGGUUUUGUACUUUUUUUUUCUUUUAAAGAAAAUGAACGUUGUUUUGUUUUUUUGUUUUUUUGGUGCAGGUAAAUCAUAUACUGAGUCUUGUUUUGACAAAAGGUGUUUUGUUGUGGGUGUGUCUUGCUGUAUAUAUUUGUUCAUAUUUUUCUGUUGAAUUCGUUACUAUGUACCAUUGUAUUAUAGUAACUUUUAU